GUAUCAAAUGUGCAAUAGUACCAGCAGUAUAAUACAAUACCCUGUUUAACCAUCAGAUGGCACAUCUUACAAAAGUGUGCUGUGGAGUGUGGGGAAAAUCGCUCAUAAAGGUAUCACGGCGAUUGAGAGACUAGAGACACAUCUCUCUUCUUCUCUUGCGUAUUGCUACUUUAGUCAACAUGGGGAAACAGUUUGGAAACCUUUACAAAAUUCAUGGCAUUGUCUAUUUUCGUCUAAGCCCAUACGAGCAAAAAGCCUUCAAAGGAUUUAUAUCCGAAGGUGUACCAAAUCUAAUUCGUCGCUUCCAAGGCAGUGUAUUUAAGGUUGCACCUUUUUUCAUGUGUUCCUAUUUGCUCGUGAAUUGGGCGAACGAAAAGAAUCAUGCUCUUUCUCGCAAAAAUCCCAAGGAUUACGAAAAUGAUACAUAAAUAUAUAUAUGUAUACAUAUAUAGGUGAAUUUCCAGUUAAUGACACUUAGUUU